AUGAAUAAUAACUUGAGAGAGCUAGACUCUUACUAUGGAGAUUUUACUAAAACCUUAUACGUGUCGAAAACUAGAGUAAAUGUCUUUAAAGUAGAAUUUACUCAAUGAAAAGAAGGCUGCCCAUAUCCAAAAUCAGCCAUAAUGAAAGAAUUUUUAAUCUAUAAACCAAAAUAUGAAGAAGAAGCAAAAUAUCUCCAUGAAGUUGGAAAUUACCAUAAAAACAUCGUGAAUAUCUACCACUACAUGAAUCAAGGUGGCAAAUUUCUCAUUUUUAUGGAAAUUUGCUCAAGCGGAAGCGUGGGAGACUUAAUUAAGCAAAGGCGGAGAAAUCAAGAAUAUUGGCCUGAAACUCAGCUUUUAGAGCAUUUUGUUAUCCUAACUGAAGUAAUGUCUGCUUUGCAUAGCAAAGGCAUAGUCCACAGAGACAUAAAACCAGACAACAUUUUUGUCGGAAAUAACGAGUAUCUAAAAGUUGGAGAUUUUGGAGCAGCAAAGUAUAUAAAAUAUGAAACUGUACCCAACACUGUAGUUGGCACUCAAUGCUAUAUGUCUCCAUUUUUAAGAAACCAGCACAAUGAAAAAAUCAUUAGAAGUGUUGAUAUAAUUCCUCAGAAAGAAGAGGUUUGGUCUUUAGGAAAAUCAUUUUACGAGAUGGCAACUUUGAACCUAUAUGAAAUUUUUUCUGAAAAUCAAACUGCAACAAUGGAGAAAGUUCAAAGGGAAUUAAAAAAUAUUGGUUAUAGUGAUUCGUUGAUUGGAAUUAUCACUAAAAUGCUGGUAUAUGACCUCAAUGCGAGGCCCUCAAUGAUUGAAAUUUAUCAAGAACUCAAAAAUCUUGAAGUAAACUUGGACCCUAAUUCUUUGUCAUCAGAAUUCACAAUCUUGCAUUCAUCUGAAAGAUCCCAGUCAAGCAAUAGCUCUAAAGAAUCAGGCAUAUCGAUGACUAAUAGCUUACAAGUGCUUCUUGUUGCCUAAAAUAGUCGUUCCAACUUGUGAUUUUUAAAGGUUCAUUAUCUAGAAAAUAAUCAUGCAAGGAAUUGCGAAAUAUGCAAAUAUAAAGAUGAAGAUUUUUUAAUUCAUGCAUGUGGAUGAAAGAUUGAUAAUUUAUAUUUUUUAGGCUGAAUAAAGACGCUGAUCGUAAUGGGAUUCAGAUUUAGUGAUAUUAAUUGCCAAGUUUGUAGUAAGAAUUUUUCAAAAGAAGUAUUUUUCUGCGAAACUCUAAGACCAUUAGUAUUGCCUGAAGACUUUUUUAAUUAG